UAACAGAUUGGACAAAGCCGUCUUAAUCACAGCGCUGUACUGGAUAUGUAUGGCCUUGGCUUAACAGGAAGUAAAAAUAUUUUGGUACCAUUGGGUGUUUGUUACUGUUGAAGGACAUAAAAUUAGGUGUCAUAAAAUACAAUGUCCGACAUGAAUGAUGAUAAAAAGGAGGAGGAGAAGAUCUUUGGAGGAUGUGAAGGCCCUGAUGCUAUGUAUGUUAAACUAAUAUCUUCAGAUGGACAUGAAUUCAUCGUGAAAAGGGAACAUGCUCUGAUGUCAGGCACAAUCAAAGCCAUGCUUAGUGGACCGGGACAAUUUGCUGAAAAUGAAACUAAUGAAAUUCACUUCCGAGAAAUACCAUCACACGUACUCCAGAAAGUCUGUAUGUACUUUACUUACAAAGUGCGCUACACCAACAGCUCUACUGAAAUACCAGAGUUUCCGAUUGCUCCCCAGAUCGCACUGGAACUACUAAUGGCAGCCAAUUUCCUAGAUUGCUGAACUGAUUUUUAAAUUUAAUUUAAUUUCUUAUUUCUUUAUUGGACAGUACUUUAUUUAUUUUUCCCUUACUCACUGUGAAAUGGUAGACGUUUCAUAAUUUUGUAAAAUUAUUUAUAUUUAAAUUGUCACUAAUAAGAAGGCCUUUAUAAUACUAAUAAUGGAUAUUGUAGUGUAUUUUGCAAUAAUAUAAUGUGUACAUUGAGUUUAUUCAGCAGUCUUAUUUAAGUUCUUAUUUAUUCAAAGAAUGUUGUGGUGUUCAAGGUAUCAUAUUAUGAAAUAAAAAAUAUUUUUUUAAAUUAAAUUUUAACAGUGUAACUUAAGUUUGAUAAAUUCCAUCAGUUUGUAUAUAUAAGUUUAGUUGUGUUUGAAUUAUAGACAGUAAUUAGAAAUAUCUCGGUAAUGUUAUUGUUUGCUAACGUAAUAGUCUAGUGGGAACAUCGAAAUAUUGAACAAAAUCUUCAGUAAACAUACACCAAAAUAUCAUGCCACAAAUCUUUUUCAACACAAAUUUGGUAAAAAGCAAAAUUGAAUUAAAAAUAAAGUAUGAAGCAUUUAAGUUUUAGUAUUAUUACUAUCAUAGCUGUUAUGUGAUGUAUAAUAUAUUUGUAUUUUAAGUAAUAAAACUGACAGUUACCCUUUGGUACUAAAAAAAACCAAUAUUUUCUUAAUUGAAAUUUAAGUAAUGUAACAAAAUUAUAAUCUACAUUUGGCUCCUUAGACUAAUGCAAACUUCUUUCACUCUCCUUGCUUCAUUUUCCAAAGUGAAUAAAUGUUUAUACUAAUAUUUUAUUUAUGUUAUAUCAUAGAUUGUAUACAUAUGCUGCCAUUGGAGUUACUUGGCCAAUUCCAUAGAAUAGAUUUUCACACAAUUAAUACCAAAGGGUUGAAGUACUAUUAUACUAUAUGAUAAAAAAAUCAAUUUGUAUGUAAAUACUAAUCAAAAAGUCUUUGUUUGAAUAUUUAAAUAUUUCUUUUAUUAUCUAAGGACAUUAUUUUUGUUUACAUUGAUUCCCUUAUGAUUGACUUGACUGAACAUUUCAAUAUCUACUAUUUUUUAUAGACUAAUAACUUUAUUUUUGUUCUAUUAUUAUUGACUUAAGUUUAACUAAUAGUUCAUCUGUUCAGUCAUCAUAAUUUAUUUCUUAAAACAUCAUCAUUUUUAUAUUACAUUAUUGAACAUUGAUAUUAAUUUACUUGAGAUUUUAACAGUCAUUGGAGUCGAUGUUGUGUUUAGUGUUGAAUUGAUGGAAUCAUUUUUGAUAGCUGAACUGCUGCUCUCUGAAGGGUGAAAUAACUUGUGAGCCUAACAUAAAAAAGUAACAGCUUUGAACGUAACAUUUCCUGUGUUUUCUGGUUGUGUGCUUAUUCAUAGAUUGUGGUAUAAUACGGCUAUGAGUUACACCUCUUACUGCAUUCAUUGGUUUUGUUUUGAUUUAACUGCUGUGUCGUGUACCUAUGAGAGGAUUUUAUAUAACCUGAAUGUUCUGUAAAUAUAAGGAUGUUCUUUGUUUACAUAGGUUUAAUUUAACGGGUUGUCGUAUGAAUGAAUGGAUUUUAUAUUUAAAAUAAUGUAGUAUUACUGAUUGUCACAUUUCACAUAUUAAAUUAGUAAUGUGCAGUUGCUCAGUUUUGAAAAAAAACUUAUUUUUGUUAUUGAUUUUGUUUUAAGUACAUUUGUUUUAGAAAUAUAUUGCGUUUGUGCUUAAUUUCCCUUAAAAUACUGUAGUACUGUAGCUAUCAUUAUUUUUAACUAUCAUAUUUGAGUUAAUGUGUUAUGGUUUCAAAAUAAUUCUGAAAGUUUACCAACUUUUAUAAUAAUUUCUAAAUUACGUGAUUGAGAUAGAAAGUAACGGCAACACUUACCUGUGUUCUGUUAGCUCAAAAAUCUGUAGAUAUGUCAUACAAGGUGUUUCUAAAAGCAUGAAAAACGUCAUGAAUGCAUAUUUUAGAGUUCAGCACAAGUUUUACAUCUUCACUGCUGCUCUUUCCAAGUGAGACCAACUACUGCCCCUACCUUUCUGUGCCACAAUGCAUCUUCCGCAGUCAGCGUGUUAAUUUAUAUAUAAUGUUUAAUAGUCAGAAAGUAACUUUUAAGCUGCACAAUUUAGCUUACAAAAAUUGUUUUAUAUACGAAAAAAACCAAAGAUAGAUUUUUCUGUAUUUGUGCCUUCCACCACCCAAAUAAGAUUCAACCACUUUUAUUCAGUAACAAUAUUCUCAUAGUCAUCUAGUAAUACAAUAUAAAUUAUUACCAAAUUCAAUUAGAAAAUGGUAACACAAGUUUCAUGUAAGAGUUCGAUUUAUUAAAGAAUGUAUGUGCAGGAGGUGAGGCGUGGGUCAUGGAAAGAAAUUCAUGAAAUUUUGUGCAAAGAAAAGAGAACUGAUUUUCUAAUAUGUGUGCAAUGACUGCAAGUAUCCUCAUUGAAUACCAUCUUUACUACUCCUCUGAGAGGAUAUUUAGAUUCAAACUCAGUUUCCUCAAGAACAAUAUGUCAUAGCAAAAAAUAACUUCCAUGUUUAUUUUUGAGUUCUCAUUACAGAUGUUAUCGCCAAAGAUUAAACUUUUUAAAUUUUAACCUGAGUUUUGCAUCUUUCAAAUUAAGAACUCAAAAAAUACUCAGAUGGUUAAAUGUUUUAUAACCAAAAUGUAGUUACUCACAAAGCAAUCCUUAGUGACAAAUACUUUCAUGCUUUAAUAAUUAUUUUGGUUACAUUAAUAAAAAAUAUUUUGCUAAGUUUAACUUACGAGGUUUUAACUUUGAAAGGUAGCAAUUGCAUAUCAAUGUUCAUAGGUGGAAAGAUACCAUAUUUUAACCACUAAAUAUGCUCCUUAGAGGUUUUACAUGCGUUCAGAAACAUUUACUAUGUAGACUUUGUCCAAGGAAAUAGCCAAUGUUUUAUUUCAAGGAGAAAUUUUUGCUUAUUACUGUUGCUCAAAAUUGUGCAAAUAGAUACGUUAUAUUUCCUGGAAGAAUAAAAAAUUAAGUGCAUUACCUCUUCAAUGUGUACUGAACCUACUAAAUCUUGUUCAUUUGAACGCUGUGCACCAAAAACCUAAGUAUCUUAUAACAGUAUUUAUUGAGUAGUAAUAUUGUACAAAUUUGAAUUAAUAUCAGAUUUUUAUAUGUAUGAAUUUAUUUAACAAGUUUUACUGCAUGAAAGUAAACAUGUAUAAUUUUGAUAAUAUUACAUUUCAUGUCAAAUCAAUCUUUACAUCAAAUAACAAAUACUAAAAAGAAUUGUUUAGAUACUCCAAACAUUAUUAUACAAAAUUUAUUGUUACUUAACAUUUUAAGUGUAGCUUUAGGUGCUAGACAACUGUGAGUGCACUUAUCAGUCUUAGCCAAGUAGAUCACAGGGAAGUGCUUUUUAGGGUCCAUAGAUGUGAUUGUUAAUUUUUAUUUUACAGUAUUUUAGCACACACUAUAGUAAGAAAUGCUUGUAGAGUAUAAUAAGUAAACAGAAAAUUUAGAAAAAAAUAACUAAACAUUCAUUAUAUAUAUAUAUAUAUUUUUUUUUUUUUUGAAAAAGUAACCAAAUUUAAGUCCCAGCCCAACUAACUUGACUUAUUUAAUAAUACCUAUUUAAAAUUUAUGCAUAAGUGUAUUACAUAUUAAAUGUAUUCAUUCAACUAAAUAUAAUACAUAUAAAAUGUAAACAUUAAUUUUUAGUUGAAUGUAUCAGUUAUUAUAUGCAGUUGAUAUAAUAGAAUUAACUAUUAAAUUUAAAAAUAUCGAAAUAUAAAUAGUGGUUUUACAAAGUAUUUUUAAAAUACAAGGUGUUUCAACAUUUUUUUGUCAACACUUUUGGGAAUAGUUUUUGUUGAUAUAUGGGGUUUGUCAGGAAAGUACCAAUAUCCAACAUUGUGCUUUAGUCUGAAGACGAGUCCAUACUAAAACUCAUCUUUACAUCAUUAUCAUCUUUUUCUUUUUUGUUAAGAUAAGUCACUAUAGAAAUUAUGGUGUUUCUUUUCAAACACUUUCCUUCAUGAGCUACUAACUUUUAUUGCAACUCUUCUUCCUCUUCCAAAAACUCUUUAUAAAUUAGUCUUCGAAGAUAGCUUACAUAAUCUUCUUUGCAUUUUGUUUAACAUUUUGCAUAAUGAAAGCUUCCUACAUAUGAUUUUUUAUUUCUAGGAAGAACAAAAAUCAGAAAGAGUUAUAUCUAGACUGUAGGAAUGCUGUAAAUUAAUUGCCAUAAUUUACUAACAUAAUGUUUAGUAUGAUUGGGUGAAUGAGCCAGUGCAUUGUCAUUUUCACAAAGAACUGAUAAGAUUGAAUUAAUAAGCCCAAGUAUGUUGUCAUGAUUCUCCUAGAAAAGCAAAAGAUUAAAUGAAUGAUCCAAUGUGUUAUAAUGUUUCACCAAGAAAUCUUGUAGAAAUUGGUUAAUGAGCCAAUUGUUUUUUCCUAAAGUCACUUCUUUGGAAAUGUAAGAAAUUGAAUUAAUGAAUCAAUGCAUUCACACAUAAAAAUGUAUAAAUUGGUUGAAUGAAUCAGAAUAUUGUUAUUUUUUAUCAGAAAAUGUUGGAUAAGAUUGAAUGACUGCGCCAACAUUAUUUUAGGGUAAUUUUUGUUGUAGCUGUUUUAUUUAUAACAAUCCAAAAACUAUCUCUUAAAGUUUUGACAUUAAAUUCAGAAACACUUGCAUAUUAUACAUUAUGUUAUGCUUAUACAAUUUUAAAAUGUUGUAGUUUGAUUUACCAUAUAGUUAAGUAUUUGUAUCAUUUUCAUAUUAAGGAUUAUUUUAUUGAAGGCAUUUUCAAUUGAUUACUGUAUGGCAAAAUUAAUUUCAGUUGCCUUUCGUAAUUAGUUACUACUCUUUGUUAACCUCUGGACCCUAAAUAAAAAUUCUAACACAUGCUUGACAUUACUAGCUAAUAUCAAUGUCAUUAAUGAAAUUCAAUUUAGUAUGCAUAAGAUUCCAUAAGCUUUACACAAAUUCUGCUGUUUCAUCCAUCUAUUUAUUAUUAAUGGAGUGUUAAAAUAGAAAAUUUUAUGAAGAGGAAGAUUUUUACGUUCCAUUUGUAUUAUGUAAUAACAUGUCUGUGUACAUUAUAAUUACUUUGUUGUAAAAAGUUCACAAGUUGAUUUCAGACAUUGUUGCAAAGGACUUUUUUUGUUUGUUCUCGUACUCCGAAAUAGAGUAGAGUAGGGGAGUUUUUCUGUGAUACAGCUAUAUUUAAUGGUCAUAUAAAUAAUAAAAGGUCUUAACUAUA